AUGACGAAAUUACUUGAGUGGGUGGCCGUUUUGGGGGCUUUGGGGGCCGUGUGGCUGUCUCUAGUGACGAACACGGUCGAGUUUGGUUUCGUGAGGCAAUACCCCACUGCCGUGUUUUAUUCCCCGGUUAUUUUUGUCGGUUUAUUUGGGAUUUACGCAAUAAUUGUUGUUUUGUAUCGUGUUUUUACGUUCAAUGAUUGUGAGAAAGCCGCCGCGGAGUUGCAAGAGGAGAUAGUGGAGGCACGGGCGGAUUUGGCCAAGUUAGGUUUCCGAUUUAAAUAAAUUUAUUACAAAAAACGGUAGUUAUUCCAUUCCCUAUCACAAUAUUUACACGAAAACUAAAAAUGCAAAUUCGGGGGGCAC